GACGAACAGCCAGAAACCGGCCAGACCUGCCGAACCGUACCGUUACAGCCAGCCAGCCGCCUUUGUCCUUCAGUUUUGCCCCUCCGCGGAUCACUUUGUCGCCCUUCCCCGCGAUCGCUCCUCUCCAUCCGUCAGCAAUGCUUCACCACAACCUAGAGUAAAUCCUACAACAUGGAGCCCGCCAGACCACGAAGCUCCGGGUAUUUGGCCCCGCGCCGUGUCUUCACGGCCCCGGUGCCCCCUCCGGCCCCGCAGCCCGCCGCAUCUCCGCAAGCUGCCGACGGCUUGGUCGACACGCUCUACGAUCACCCAAAUGUCAAGAUCAUUUCCUUUACCGCAGGAGCCAACUCUCUCUUCGUCGGCCAGCGAACAGGCGCUGGAUCAGACAUCGAGCCGGGAUCACUGUCCUGGUCCUCGCAACUGGAGCGGACAAUUGCAGUCGGCCCCUUUAGGAUUUACCGUGCGCCUGGGUCAGUGGCCUUUCUCAGCUGCGGUUCCGCGCUUCAACCGAUCCUCCCGAAGAGCCAGGUGUGGUGCGUCGACGAAGAAUCGAGCAAGUUUGUCCUACAAAUACGGCGGCCCCAGUACUGGCGGAUAGAGGUUCCUGUGGGAGAUGAUGAGGAGGCGCGCUUAGCGCAGCAACUACGAGAGGUCUUCGACGCGAUCCUGCAAUUUGAAAAGACCGAGUGUCCGUUCAGCCGACCCUUUACCGUCGAGCUCCCGGACCGCCCGGACACGCCGGCUAGAAGGCGCCCUUGGACUCCUCGGAGAUCUAGCGAAUCGCUAUCCCUGGCGUCCGUCACGCCCGAGAUCGCCCGCCUGCACGACGGAACUCCAAGGGGGUCGAUAUGCAUAGGAGAUCUAAGGACGGUGGGGGAAACGAGGAGGGCAUUGGAUGAACACGCAAGGUCGUUGUUCCCCCGUAAACAGGAAUGGGCGACAACAGAAAGCGACCAAGCUGUGAAUGGACAAAGCAAUAGCCGCACUCCAUCCAGCCUGUUUCCAGCUCGCGUUGAGAGACCGCGGAGCGUCUCAGCGGUACCUCCACAGCGCCCCUUUUUCACCGGCGGCUCCCUCCCAAAAAUUAGAGAGGCAGCUCCUCCAGCCGAUGUGACAGCUAACGCACCCCGCUUCACCUCGCCUACUGAGUCAUUAGAGUCGAUCCGCGGCCGGGAGUCAUGGCUGCCGACUCCCCUCCCGCCAUCCCCUCCCCUAUCAACGCCCGGAUCGCCGCGGAGCUCGUCCCAACAGCUUCAGACACCACAUGUGCCAGCAGUAGCCGACACCCCUCGAAACGCAGUGGAUCAACCCGUAACCUCCGAACCCUCAAAGACCCAGAAAGUCGUCACAGCCAACUCCCUCCCCGAAUCCGAACGCACUACCACCACAACAGCACCAUCCUCCAUCCACACCCCACGCCGGCCCCCAGUCAGUACGGAACCGCAACGGCAACCCGUUGACACCCCCCAACCAACAGCCACCCCAACCUCCACCGGUCCCGAAACCCCCUUCAAAACCGCCUCCUCCACCCCAGUCCCAACCUCCCCCUCCCCCUCUCCCUCCACACCCACCCGCCGCCCGGCCCUCCGCCGCGCAACAACAACCUCCUCCAGCCUCUCCUUCUCCUCCCCCUCCCCGCGCCAAGCCCUCUCCCCCCUACCGCCCGCCGCCAACCUACUCACCACCCGCCGCCAACCACAACUCCUACUACCACCACCACCUCUACCACCACAGUCGCCGCCGCCGCCGCUGCCCUCCCACCCCGGCAUGCAGGGCGCCCUGGCCGCCGUGCGCCGCCUGCCCAUGACCGUCCUCCAGAAGACGUGCGCCAUGCUCCUGGGCCCGCCCUCCUACCUCCUCAGGCUGAUGCUCAAGGUGGCGGCGCGGAUCAUCGCGGGCGAGUGGCGCGGCUUGGUGUUUGGGUGGGGGGAGGGCGGGGAGCGGGUGAGUGUCACGUGGGAUUGGAGUGAUGAUGAGUAUGGCGGGGGAGGGGGACAGCAGCAGCGGGAGCAGCGAGGGGUGGGAGAUGAUUUCUGGUUGAGGGGGCGGACGGGCCGCGGGGGGGCCAAGAUGGUGGGGGCGUUUCCGGAUAGUGAGGACGAGGAUGGUGAUGAUGAUGAUGAUGAUGAUGAGGGGGGGGUUGGGCCGUUGGAUAGGUCGGUGUUGGCGUCGCCGGGGAGGAAGAGAGGAAGCGUGGCUUCCCAGAGGGCUAGGGCGGAACAAGGGGCCGCUACUGGUGGUGGUGGUGGGAAGGGGGGUGGGAAACCGCCGGCGAAGGAGUCGGACUCGGAAUCGGGCGUCGAUUAGGUGUCUGCCGCCCCGCCCCGCGCUGGCCGACCUCUCGCCGUCCUCUGGCCGCCGACCUUGCCGACCGACCCCCGGACGAGCCUGUUCUUUUUCCUUGCGGUGUUGGUGCUGUGGCUAGCUGUUGGCAUGCUAUGAGUGAUGUCUGCUGCGGCUCAGAUGGGAGGAUGGAUGGGGAAGGGGUGGUGAGCU